CUGGAGACUUCGUAGAGGACAAGCAAACUCUGCCUUUGGUACCUCUCUAUAAGAACCCCCAGGAGGAGAAGUCACUCAUAUCAAGACUUUAUCGAUCAUGGGAGAGGAAGUGAAGCUUUUUGGUGUUUGGGGAAGCCCUUUCAGUAAGAGAGUGGAAAUGGCUCUGAAGCUGAAAGGUGUCGAAUACGACUUCUUUGAUGAGGACCUGCAAAACAAGAGUGAACUGCUUCUCAAAUACAACCCAGUUCACAAGAAGAUCCCUGUGCUCGUACACAAAGGAAAACCAAUAGCAGAGUCUGCUAUUAUUCUUGAAUACAUAGAUGAGACAUGGGAGGGCUUUGCCCUUUUGCCUAAAGACCCUUAUCAAAGAGCAACUGCUCGCUUUUGGGCCAGGUUCGUCGAGGAAAAGUGCAUGCCUGCGAUGUUCAAAUGCUCUGUCGGUACAGAGGAUCGUGAAAAGGCUGUGGAAGAAGCUUAUGAGACUCUGAAACUGCUUGAAAAUGAGCUCAAGGGUAAGAAGUUCUUUGGGGGAGAGGAGAUUGGGUUUGUGGACAUUGUUGCUGACUUCAUAGGAGGCUACUGGCUUAGAGAUUUUCAAGAGGUUGUCGGAAUGGAGCUCUUAACAAAGGAGAAACUUCCCAAGCUAUGUGAAUGGAGUGAUGAGUUUGUCAACCAUGCUGUUAUCAAGGAAGUUCUGCCUCCUAGAGAUAAGCUUAUUGCUUUCUUCCGCACCCGCUUUGGUUCAAAGCCAUAGAUGACUCGCAACCAUCUUUUGUCUCAUGAUGUAACAAUAAUAAAACUGGUUCUCAUAUGUAUGUCUAUCAUAUGUUCGAUCAGUUUUGAAUAAAUGACAAGCCUUAUAAAAGAUGGUUUUAAUGUAACGCGAGGUUAAACUCUAUAUCUCUCCCUUGUAAUAUCGAAAUCGAAGUAAUAGUGUUUGAGCCCGGUGGAUAUUUUGGUCCAAG